CUUAACAUGAAACUUUCUUUCAACGUUGCUGUUCAGUACACCGUGCAUUGCACCGUGUUCCAACUUCAGUGUGUCCCGUAUAUUCGUGCACACAGGCCUCAGCGCCAUUAGUGCUGUCGCUUUAAAAAUCCGCCAUGCUUGUGUUUAUAUGCAGUGUUCUCUUCAAAUGUGCUGUGGAGGUAACGGCGAUGGGCACAUGAUCACGUCCUAAAAUAAAAAAUAAAAAAAUAGAGGCGAUGUCGGAAUCGACGUUGCCAACUCGACCAAGGCGCAAGCAAGCUGUGCCGCUAAAAUAUGAAGGCAGCGGAGACGACUCGGACGAUGACCUGCCGAGUGACAUACUUGACAUUGACUUUACUCCUACGCCAAGAAGUGCCUCAUCAAACAAUUCUCAAGCCAGGCAGAGACGUUCUCAAGGUCAAAAAAGGCUGCUCGUUAAGCUCAAGAUUAAAAAGAGUGGCAGCAAGGGAGCUUACGUAGAACGUGCCGACGAUGAGGAUUUCUCACCCAGGGCAGCCAGGGCACAGAAACGUAGAAAAAAGCGAACUCCUUCCACGAAAAAGUCCUCGUCGUACUCCCGGAAAAGCACUAAAUCUAAAGCCCAAACCUCAUCCACAUCCAAAGGUUACGAGAGCAGCCACACACCGAAAGGCCUGAAGAAACAGAUCGUCUCCUAUGCUCGAGCAAACACGGUUGAUCAAGCAGCAAAAAAGUUCAGAGUACCAGUACACAAAGUCAAACACUGGAUGAAAGCUGACCAGAAUGUUGCACCCCCAACCCCAAAGCCCGAAGUCAGAAACACAUGCAAUAUUCCUGACCCGUUUCCGGCCUCUUUCAAGUUGUUCUCCAUUGGUGUGGCAGAAGAAAAAAGUGUCAAGGAAGCCAGCAUACUUCUUUCUUUGGAUGAAAGUCUUAUGGAACACUGGAUAAAAGGGAAGCUGGAAAUAACCAGGAAAGUAAACUCUGGAGGCAUUCCACAGUGGGAGACGGACGUGUUUGUUGGCGUCCGAAGAGAUGCACUCGCAGGCCACGAAAUAAGUGUGUCUGAUCUGAUGUUCAGGGCUGAGUCACUGAAGGUGGAUGACACAAAGGUUGACUUGCAGUGGGCACAGCGGUGGUGUGAACGAUUCGGAGUGCUGUUCAAGGGAACUUCCCGCUUAAGUGGAUCAAAGGAGCUGAAUGAGGUGACUCUGCUGCAGUUGCCUCCAGAAAUGACCUGUUUCACACCGUAUGUAAGGCCGCCAGCAAAAGCGAGCUCCCCGGCAGCACCUCCAUCACCACCACCCGCAUCACCGCCGCCUUCUCCUCCAACGCCCCCACCAGCAACGAGGCAAAGGCGAACAAGGUUUAGGGGUGCCAGUGAGAUUGAUCUGGAGCUGUGGGCUUGGUACAAGAAAAUGCAAAAAAAAGGUAGAAAGCUCACCAAGGCUAUCGUUUGCGCUCGUGCUCAGCGCCUGUUCCAGAAACAUGGUCAUCCUGAGUUCAGAGCAGGCGAUGGUUGGCACAGAGCAUGGAAGAGGCGCUGUGAGCAAAUGAAUCCACAGGACCUCUCUGUCGAUGAAGAGGACGUUGAUGUUGAAGAUGAAUCAAGCACAACUUCACAUGGUCACACUGAGAGCCAAGAUGUGCCUAGUGAGAAACCAGAUGCAGCUUUAGUUCCCGCUGAAGCACAGAGCCAUGAAAAACAUCAGCAGCCCGCUGCAACAGAUCAACAACAAGUUGCCGUGGACCAGCCUGCUGCUGCUACUACCAUGUCUGCUGAGCCCCAAGCCAUGCCUGCACAUCACCCGGUCCUUCAUACAACCGUGCCAGACAGACCAGUUCAUGAACCACCUGCCUCUGAGCCUCAUGCUGUUCCUGACACACAUGCAAAGUGUGCCACUCCAUCAAGUCAAUCAUUGCAUUCUGCAGUGGCGCCAUCUCAUCACAUGCAUCCUACAACUACACCAGUGCAGCCGCCACGAGAAAUGGUCAAUACUCUGAUAACUACAUCACCGCAACCACCUCGAGGAAUGGUUCAUGCCUCACAGCAACUGAGCCCGCAUCUGUUGCCACCUUCACUAGACAGAAGUAGUGGUCAUGGCGCGACGCUCUGCAAUCCCCAUUAUACUCCGCUGUGUGGUCAGCCGCAGCAGCAUGGACAGCACGCAGGUCCACCAUAUCCAACCCCAGACAUGGGAUUAGACUCCCAGCGCCUCUCGCGCCCAUUCUACCAACUUCAUCAAAUGACGCCACCGCCUGUCCAGAAUAGUCACAUGUUUUAUGGCUCAUACUGGACGGACCAGACUCACAUGAGAGGCAACGAAACGCACAAAAACGAUAAUAGGCAACCUGUUGCUCCACCGUUUUAUGACAGCUAUGCCAACUAUGACCACGGCAUGACACCUGCGUGCUCCUUAGAAGUGUCUAACCAACCCUACACAGACUAUGGACAGUCAUCAUCAGCUCCUCCUGCUGCAGAGAGUAGCAACAGCAACAGCAGUAGUGCUGCUGCUGCUGCACAGAAGAAGAAAAACGAGCGAUACCUUCCAGACUUUAAGUUGCAGGUCGUUAAGUUUGCCUUGCAGUCAACCUUUAAGAAGACUGCCGAGCACUUUGGGGUUCACCAUUCGACGGUGGCUGAAUGGUGCCGGGAUCGAGAGAAGCUGGAGCGGCUUUUCCCACAUGAGAAGGGCAGCCUUGUUAAAAGCACAGAGACUGCCACUGUUUCACCUGCAGAGCAGAUGUUUGUAACUUGGCUUACUGAUUGCAAUGCAACAAAUGCGAAGCUAGAUGCUGUUCAAGUCAAGGACAAGGUCAAAGAAAUCAUUCGAUAUUUUGGAGAAGACCAGGUUAAAACAAACUGCCGGUGGUUGUACGUGUGGCACAAGAAAAGACUCGAAAUGGAGCAAAUGAUUGAAGACCUUCCCGAGCUGCAGUCCAGCUCAGGGAAAGAAUUCCGCAUUGCAUUUCCUCCUGCUGUCAAGCUAGAAAUUGUAAAGGUAGCUGAAAGGUUGAAGUUUAGUGAGGCCUCAAAGUACUUCCAGAUUGACCGAAACAGUCUGUCAGACUGGAGCAAAACUCAGGAAAAACUUAAGGCUAUGGUCAAAGAAGGCAAAGUGCGAAAAAAAGAGGUCUCAAAAAGUAAGAAGGCUUUGGAGGCUGAAAAGGAAGUUUACCAGUGGUAUCAGCAAUGCAGAAGCAGUGGCUUCAAGCCAGGGCCUAAUGAAGUCCGUGCCAAAGCGGCAGAGACUUACCGCAAGUAUGGCGACACCACAAUGAAAUGCAGUAUUGGCUGGUAUUCGAGAUGGUCUCGACGUUUUGGCAUACAGUUGCGAUAUGAAAAAGAUGAUGAGAUUCUCGAGUGGGUCUUGGCACAGCUAGAGCAAAAUCGCAGUGUUACUCACAAUGAGAUUCAGACGCAAGCUAUAGCGACUUUAUCUCAGACAAGGGCAGGUUUCAAGUGCUCUGCAGGUUGGCCCAUUCGAUUCUGCAAGAGACAUCAGGCACUCUUGCAGAAGAUGCCUACCUUGGACACUCCACUGCCAGCAGUGCUCGAAGAGAAGAUCUCCUCUUUCCGGCUGGAAGUUCAGAGGUUACAGGAGCAGUGUGGUGUGACCAGUGCAGCUAUCGGUGCCAUGGAUGAAGUGCCUCUUUAUUUCUCAUCUGGUGCAGGUGGCGGUACAGGCACAGGUUCGCUGCUUGUUCGCCGCUGUGGUUUCGAACAGUCACAGGCUAUUGUGUUUCUGGCCUGUCUCUCUGACGGCGGUGUCUUACCACCUCUCGCUGUGCUUAAGGGUUCAAGCAGUGUCUCGGAAGUAAAUGGAAUGUUUGUCCUUUGCCAAGAAGAAAUGAAAGUUGAUCGAAACACUGUUGAAUACUGGGCAGAGCGCGUCUGGGGUCGGUUUGUGCCAUCGCCGAGCUUCCUUAUUUUGGAUUCAUUUGAGCCGCACAAGCAGUUUGCCGCUUCAGCUGGCAGCGACAUCAAGGUGGCCAUAACACCACCGGCUUGCUCCUCACAGACUCAUCCUGUUGUUGUUUGGUUGCGAAGAAAGUUUCAGGCCCUGGUCAACAAGAUGUCAGUUGACAGGGGCUCCUCUAGAAGCAUACCAACAGUCCAGGAAAUGCUGGAGUGCAUUGCUGCAGCUUGGCGUCACUUGCAAGCAACAAGCCACGAUGCAGUGCAGAAAAGCUUUGCAGUUACUGGUGCUCUUCUCACAGGAGAUCCCGAUGAGGAUGACAUGAUCGGUAGAGCAGACCUUUUGCCCGAUGUGGACGAGGAAGAUUUUACAUAAUUUUAGACACUGGUGACAAGCUGUCGUCUUGGACUUGAUGCAGCUGGCAUUGGUCAAUUCAUCCACUGUGGGCCGUAUACACUUGUUUAGAUACUUGAAGUUAAGGCCAAGGGAAGCUUUCGAAGUACCCAUACUUCGGUCAUCUGUGCUUACCUUAGGAAGCAUGUUUUGUGCAAUCUUGCUAGACUAAGAUGCACUCUUUUGCAUUCCUAGUAUUCUCAUUUGAGGGGAACUACUUCCCUGCAAGCCCUUCUUGUAUUUCUGUUUCAGUGGAGAUGUGAUGAAAAAUUUCAGUUAGUCACAAACUACUGGCCUAUUCAUGUGGUCUUUUUAGAGCACUCUGGUAGCACUGCAAAGGUAAUUUAGGAUGGCAAUAAAGUGCUACUGCUUGAAUAAGCAAGUUCCACAGAUGAUUAUGAAGGCAGGUUUUCACUGCCGUACCCAGUUAUUCUCAUAAUACAGCAUUGAAGCUGUUCAUAACCACUUCCAUAGAACAGCCAGAGCGUUCUCAAAACCACCACCCGAAGGUGCCAUAAGAAUGCAGUAGAAACUACUCUACAAGAGUAUGCUGUGCCUGCUUUGCAUUUUUCCUUAUCUAGAAAUGUGCAUCUGUGCUAUUACAGUAAAUGACAAACCCGUUGCAGUCACACAUGCACAGAUAGGAAGGCCAGCUAAAGGGAGGUGCAAAUGGUAGGGGAACUUGCCACACAAACACCCACAAGAAAUGCAGAGAACCACUGCUGUGGUGAGUAAAGCCAGCAAAGGGAUGCAUACAGGGGCACGCCACCAGGAUGGUACAUGUGCUUGCUAUCGAGCAGGCAAUGCAAACAUGCACACACGUUGGUAGCUUUAAUUGGCACAUGCAGUGUCUUGAAAGCACUGUGUUUACCGAGCAGUGUACUGCAAACGCACAUAUGUAGAAGGAAAGGGCACUGAGGCAACACAGUAUGUAGUAGUGUUGAGAGAACACAAAUGCAUGCACAUGUGAAUGAUUGAUGAUUGGCCAGUAUGUGAGAGAUCAACACGUGAGCACAGGCAUUACGAGAGAACCCAUCAGCGGCAGUGAUGCGCUGGUGCAUGUAUGUAGACUUCCUUUGAGAUGUGCUUGUUGCUGCAUUCUUGACCUGGCAUUAACCCUUUUUGGUCAUUGGCCAGGCCUCUCCCAACACUCAAAAAUAUUUGUUCUGGUCACUUGCCGGGAGGUGGCCGAUACGCAAGUGCACUUGCACAUGCUGGUUGUUGUAGCACCUCUCAGAAACUUUUUAAACUUUUGAUAAAUGCAAUUCCCAGUGUCUGCGUGCAAGGGUAGCAAAUCUUUUGACAGUAAUCGUGAAAUGCAUGAACACUUUUUGUUGUGCAGAACAUCAAAGAUAGCGACGUUUUCUCUACAUACAUUUUACCGAAGGAGUUAACUGGCAUGAUGAAUUUGGUGAAUCUGAAAAAGAUUUUAGUUUCGAAGAGGAAUAUAUGCCACCUUCAGAUGACAAGCAAACAUCCUUGAAUGAGAGCACCGAAGGAAAAAAAAAGCAAUGAUGAGGACCAUAGAAAAUAGUAUCUGUGGUGAUUACUCACUGUGUGAUGCUAGCUGGAAAAUGUCCAGUAUGCAAGAGCCUCAGGAAUAAGGAAAAUUUUUCUUUAAUAAUUCUCUGAUGAUGUGUUUGUUCACACAAGAGCUCUCUCUGCUCAGAGUCCAAAACAUGCAAUACAAUGUCUCACUAGAAUGACUAUAGCGUGGGUAAAUGUUCAUGACCGCAAAAGGUUAACUAUAGGUACCUUUACAGAAAGCUUGGAAAGAUAAGAUUCGAAGUGAAGAAAGUGUUGUCACGCACUCAGCGUUGAAGUCGUGCAAUGGGCAUCUGUUAACACAGCAUUUUUUCCAGAAAUAAUUGCUCUGUAUGCUUUGUCUUGCAAAUACUCUAGCUUUGUAAAUCUGAAGAAGCAGCAAAGAAAAACUUUGGCUGUAGAUAUAUUCAUCGUGACCAGCACAGCCACUGCUGUGCGUUUUCUCUGAUUAAAAUGAACCGCAAACUGAUAUUCCAAGGCCUGACUAGGAAGCGUUGUUUUCUUUUGUGAAAGUGUAUAGAUACUCAUCGAGUGAAAUGAAAGGUUGUACUGCACAUUUGCAAGAAGAUGCCCGACAUAUUUCGCAGUAAUGCAUUAUUAAUGCCAGUAUGGAGGGCUGUGUCAAACAAAUCAGCUUUCUUUGUAAUUGCCAAAUUCCAGCACCAUUUUGCUAACAAGAAUCGCACAAGGUAUAAGUGUUUGUUAUGUCACUAUAAGGUACUCAUCUAUACUGAUUAUUUCAUUAAUUUAUUAUCAUUGUUACUACUAACAUCUCUCAGUGCACAUUUUUGUCUUCAUUUACCAUUGAAUUGCAUAAACAGUCACGUUUGCCCAUUUAUAGUUACUUUCUUGAGCACUAUGUAAAUAAGAACAAUACCCAAGUAAGGUCAAGUUGUAAUGAGUGAAUUGUGCAAAUUGUAUGAACUCGAUCUCAUACCAUCUAGAAGCAUUUUGCAUUGUGUUACCUAUGUGAAAACUGGAGCUUGCUUGUAUAGUAUUGGAAACAAACACAAUGUGUGUAAAAUGAUGUUAAAGCAUUGUAUGUGCAUGCAAGUGCCACAUGUGUUCAUCUCUCAUCACUCUGUUUUUACUACACCUGCUUGGACAACUUGGGAUCAGCAUCAAGAAUGUAUAUACAACCCUCAGGAUCAAACUUCUUUGUUAUUUAUAUUAUCCCUAUGUGAUUUUGGUAUUUUGUGGCAGUGAUUAAAUAUAUUUUGUACUGACCAA